CUCACACGCACUUUUCUCCCAGCAUCUUGGGAUCUGGUUUCCUUCUGUCUGUUGGUCGUUUUAAUUCUGUCUGGUCUCUUUUCUAUUGUCAUCUUUUUCGAUUUUAUUUCCGUUUGAUACCCUCACAAAAGUUUUGACCGAGCCAGAUCAUCAUACCAGAUUUAGAGAAUGCCGCAUCUCGAAACUACACCAGCCAUGCCUACCAUCGUCGCAAAAACGCCCUCGACCGUGGCCCCCACUACGCAAGAGAUUUCCUCCCUCCUGAAUACCAUUUUCAACGCGGAAACCUCUCAGCAGUCGCUUGAUGCCUCUUAUGCCUUGACGAAUCUCCUUAUUCAGAGUGUUGGCCCCUUUUCCUUCCAGACCUACACUACACUGCUUCCCGAUAUCAAGAAAGCCGCCACCGAUAAGAAAAAUGGCGCCAAACGCGAGAGUGCGAUGCUUAUCCUCGGCGCUCUCCUCGAGCGCUUCCCCACAGCACACCCUCUGAGCGAAGUCGUAUUCCUGCUGCAAGAUGGUGGUGUUAUCGGUCUGGCUCUCGAUGCGCUGGCCGACAAGGGUGCUGUCGUACGCGAUGCUGCCCAGUACGCCAUCGAUGCGCUCUACGGUGCCCUCAAGCCUGAGGCAAAGGUCAACGCUCUACUCCCUGCCCUCUCCAGCUAUCUGAGCCGCGGGUCCGGCAAGUGGCAGGGAUUUGUUGGAGCCUACGCUCUCAUCGAGAAGAUGGCUUCCGAAGCACAGAUGGGUACCGGAACUCAGGAACAAGAGCGCGAGAAGGAUCUGCUGCGCGAGGCCAUGGGCAAGACCCUGAAGGACCUUAUCCCGCUCGUGGAGUCCGGUAUGCACGACUUGAAGAACGAAGUAGUGAAGCGCGCCUGCAAGGCCAUGACUGCCGUCACUACUCUUCUUUCGAACGAUGAUGUCGAACCCCGCAUUCCCCUGCUCAUCAAGACCAUGGAGCAGCCCUCAGAGCAGACCCUGCAAAAGGCCAUCCAUGCCUUGUCCCAGACCACCUUUGUUGCUAUUGUUACAUCUCCCGUUCUGGCUCUUCUUACUCCUCUGCUGGAGCGCUCGCUCAACUCCCCCACCACCCCCCAGGAGACUCUCCGACAAACAGUCGUGGUUGUCGAGAAUUUGACCAAGCUUGUGCACGAUCCCGCCGAAGCCCGUACUUUCCUGCCCAAGCUCAAGCCCGGUGUCCAGGGUGUCAAGGACCGCGCCUCUCUGCCCGAGGUUCGAGAACUCGCCACUCGCGCCAUGGAUGUCAUGGAGAAGGCCAUGGCGGACAAGGACGUCGCAGCCGGCUCCAUCGCCAAAACUACCCCAGAUGAGGUUCUCACCAUCCUCAAUGCUAAGAUUCAAGAGGCUGGUGGCCUCGCGCGACCUGAUGCUACAACUCUCUUCGAGCUCGGCAAGACUUAUGUCGCUGAGAUGGUUCGUGAGGACGUCAACUGCCGCAUGCACGACCGCAUCACCAACUGCAUUGCUCCCUAUCUGCGCGGUCUUCUGGCCGAAGACAAGCACGAUGAAGUUGCAGCCGCCGUCCAGGCCCAUUUCAUCGAAGAGGACCACCGCAAGUUCGGCAAGCCUGUUCAGGAUGACCCUAACGAGGUCGUAAUCGUCAACGCCAACUUCUCACUCGCUUAUGGUGGUAUGCUUCUGCUCUCCCAUACAAACCUCCGCCUUCUGAAGGGACACCGCUACGGUCUCUGUGGACGCAACGGUGCUGGAAAGUCGACCCUCAUGCGCAGCAUUGCCAACGACAAGCUCGAGGGCUUCCCUCCCCCAGACCAGGUCCGUACCUGCUUCGUCGAACACAACCAGGGCGAAGAUGCCGAUUUGAGCAUCUUCGAGUUCGUGCAAAAGGACCCCAAGAUUGCCGCCGAGGGCGAGGAGCACAUUCGCAAUGUUUUGCUCGAGUUCGGUUUCACUGAUGGUCCAGAGGGUCGCCAGUCGCAGCGCGUCGGCUCCCUCUCUGGUGGAUGGAAGAUGAAGCUCGCUCUGGCCCGUGCCAUGCUCCAAAAGGCCGAUGUACUCCUGCUGGACGAACCUACUAACCACUUGGAUGUUGCCAACGUCAAGUGGUUGCAGGAAUACUUGAAGAAGCACGAUCAGAUCACCAGUUUGAUCGUCAGUCACGACUCCGGUUUCCUUGAUGAAGUCUGCACAGACAUCUACCACUAUGAGCAGAAGAAGCUCGUUUGCUACAAGGGAAACUUGGCCGACUUCGUCAAGGUGAAGCCCGAAGGCAAGAGCUACUACACCCUGUCCGCCAGCAACAUCCAGUUCAGGUUCCCUCCUCCCGGUAUUCUCUCUGGUAUCAAGUCGAACACUCGCUCGAUCCUCCGCAUGACCAACUGCUCUUACACCUAUCCCGGCGCCAGCAAGCCAUCUUUGACCGAUGCUUCUUUGUCGCUUAGCUUGUCGUCCCGUGUCGCCAUUAUCGGAGGAAACGGUGCUGGUAAAUCCACCUUCAUCAAGAUGUUGACCGGUGAAACCAUCCCCCAGACCGGAAAGGUUGAGAAGCACCCCAACCUGCGUAUCGGUUACAUCAAGCAGCACGCUCUGGAGCACGUUGAGAUGCACCUCGAAAAGACUCCUACUCAAUACCUGAUGUGGCGUUAUGCCAAUGGAGAUGACCGUGAGGUCUUCCUCAAGCAAACCCGUAUCCUCACCGAAGAGGACAAGGCCCAGAUGGAGAAGCCCGUCGAUCUCGGUGAUGGCCGCGGCCCCCGCCGUAUCGAAGCCUUGAUCGGUCGGCAAAAGUACAAGAAGACCUUCCAAUACGAAGUGUAUGUUCAUUUCCACCGAGUUUGUUCGAUCAAUACUAACAUAACACAGUAA